AUGGGGAUGAUGGGGAUGAUGGGGUUGAUGGGGAUGAUGAGGGUGAUGGGGAUGAUGGAGAUGAUGGAGAUGAUGGGGAUGAUGGGGGUGAUCUGGAUGUUGGGGGUGAUGGGGAUAAAGGGGAUUAUGGGGAUGAUGGAUAUGAUGGGGGUGGGGGAUGAUGGGGAUGAUAGGGAUGAUUGGGUUGAUGGGGAUAAAGGGGGUUAUGGGGGUGAUGUGGAUGAUGGGGAUGAUGGGGAUGAUGGAGAUAAUGGUGAUGAUGGGGGUGAUGGGGAUGAAGGGGAUGAUGGGGAUGAUGGAGAUAAUGGAGAUGAUGGGGGUGAUGGGGGUGAUGGGGAUGAAGAGGGUGAUGGAGAUGAUGGGGAUGAUUGGGGUGAUGGGGGUGAAGGGGGUGAUGGGGAUGUUGGGGGUGAUGGGGAUAAAGGGGAUGAUGGGGAUGAUGGAUAUGAUGGGGGUGAUGGGGAUGAUGGGGAUGAAGGGGCUCAUGGAGAUGAUGGAGUUGAUGGAGAUGAUAGGGAUGAUGGAGAUGAUGGGGAUGAUGGGGGUGAUGGGGAUAAAGGGGAUGAUGGGGAUGAUGGGGAUGAUGGGGGUGAUGGGAAAGAUAGGGAUGAUGGGGUUGAUGGUGAUAAAGAGGGUUAUGGGGGUGAUGUGGACGAUGGGGAUGAUGGAGAUGAUGGGGAUUAUGGGGAUGAUGGAGAUGAUGGAUGGAGAUGA